UCGGUCCUCGAAUUACUCAAACAGAUCGUUCCCAGCAGUAAACCCAAUGCAACUGCAGAUGUCGGACAAUCCACUUCGAUGAAUAUUUUCCAGGAGAUAGAAUAUCUCAAAGAAAAACUGUUGAAUGGUCGAUCUGGGCCGUUGGAUGUCGAAAAAGAUCUGGAAAUAUGGCGUAAUCGUAUGCACCAGUACAACGAGGCUAAGGACGCAUGUUUGAACAUAUUCGGCCGAUUGGCUCAUGCAAAAGGCUGUCUGGUACGAGAAUUAUAUGACGAAUACGGUUUAGAACUGGAUGACUGA